AAAAUACGAAUGAAGAUGAUCGUUCAUCUAAACGCCUUAGACAAAAGGCAACAAUUUUAGAAGAGGACAAAAAACAACCUGACGUAAAUGCAAUACCCAAAGCAAAUGAUGAUAAUUUUGAUGAGCGAAAGGAUGACAAUGAAGAUAAAGAUUUAGAAAGAGUCGAAGAAGAAUCAUAUUCAUCCAACUAUGUUAUGGAUAUCUUUUCUGAGUCUUGUUCUCGGCAACAAACAUCAAGUGAUUCGUUCUUAUUACCUCUUUUAGAGAAUUAUUGUGCUAAAGAAAUAACUUCACUUUACAACCCAGCACACAGUUUUAUUAUAGAUCUGUCUCCGCUUUCAAAAAUAAAAAAUGAAUUUAAUGAUAAGCAGUGGGCUGAGUUAGUCGGAAGAAGACCUGAUGCAGUCCGGAAGACUUACCAUCACGAGAUCGAGCCUAUUAUCACCCACUUGUUUGGACAAAAAACAGAUCUAUCACAAGCUCGUAAAAGAUGGUACGAACUUAGAAAUUUGGCUGCUCCUAUAUAUGACGAUAGUUUCUCAUAUGCAGAGGUUGAUUGGGAAAAAAUAAAGCGUUGGGUAGAACGAGUAACGGGACAAUUUCUAGACGCAUUUGAGUCCCUUCGAAAUCCGCUACAAAAUGACUGUAAUGAACGAGAGUGGACUGGCGACUAUAUCAUUCCUUUAAUACAAGGAGCUCUGAAAUUAGAUGGAAAUUUUUAUGUCCCAUGGGGAGAGAUUUCUGUCCUUGCAACCCAACGCCGUCGAAAUAAUGACAAGGAUAUACUUACUGAACAAGUUGAGCGAAGUCAUCAGGUGGAUCUCUUAUGUAAUUAUGAGCAAUACGAGGUUGCUUGCGCGCUUGCUUGCGGUGGACCAUAUACCUACGAUCUAACCAAACUCGCCUCAGAUGACUUUAACCUUCCAAGAAUUAUGAAGGACAUGCUCGAUGACUUAGAAUUAAAGCUCCUGUGUGCCGGAAAGGACGGAUUGCAUCCAUAUAUUCUUGGGAUCCAGACAUAUAUGACAGAGGUUCGAAUCUACCUGAUGGAGAAACGUGAGGUAUAUUUCCUCCAUCAUCUAAAAUCAUUUAAUCUUCCGCUUACAUUCUCAGCUUACCACUAUCUGAAAUCUGCUUUAAGAGUGGCAUGGAACAUUCGGGGCUUGAUUAAAUCCUUGGUUCGGGAAUUCGAUACUGUUGAUGAUGAUGGGUUUAAAACUCCCCCCGUAACACCGUCAGAUAAUAUGAAGACUCAGCAAACGCCACAAAAACAACCAAAGAAAAAGAAAGUAAAAGAUUAG